AUGAGGUCGGCAGUCUACGCCAAAGACCUCGUCGACGACGAUUACGGCGACGACAGCUACGGCGAGAUGCAGCGCGCGACCCCGCCAGAACUCGCCGAUGCGCAUCGGCGGGUUCCCGAAGCGGCACCGCCCGACGCCAUGUUUCACUCCAAGCGAACGUCAACGCUCCGUGCAGUCACGAACGCGUGGUGGUCGCACAUGAAGUACAUUCUUCCGUUCUCCAUCGGCGUCAUCAUGGUAAUCUACUCGCUCAUGUACUACGCCCACGCCAAGUGCACCGCGUCGCUCACGCGCGAGGCUUUCGAGCUGGGCGGCCAGUCCGAGAUCACCCGCCGUUGGAUGCGAUGCUUCACUCCCAACUUCAGCGACGACGAGUUCCGGCCGCUAAACUCCUUCGGCGACUUCAGCGUGUACGUCAUACGCUACACGAAGAUGUGGAGCGUCUUCAGCGCCGAUAACAACUUCUUCGUGCACAUGUUCGCGUGGAAUCUGCUGGCGCGGAACCGCACCUGGAAGACCAGACUCUACUUUGUCUGGUUCGCCAUCUUCUAUGUCACCCCACUCAUCGACUACCAGGUCACCGGGUACAGGCACAUGACGUCUUGGUACGUCCAGAUCGGUUGUCAGGUGUUUGGGUGGAUUACGUGCCUGGCGGCGAAAGAGACGCGGGACAUGCCAACCAUGUCAUGGUGGUUCGUGUACCACGGCAUGGCCGGCAUCACCUACAUCUUUGCGCUGAGGAACCUGGCAAUUGGCGACGACGACAGCUACUCGCUAAAGCUAAAGCUACUAGUGCGGUUCGUGUUCGAUCCGCUGAUGUGGGAGGCGAUGAAGACCGCCCAAAGGCACGUGGCGAUGAUGAAUCCCAGCCCCGGCCCGGGUUUGAAUACCGCGGGCAUCAUGGCGCCCAUAGUCUCCCAGGCUGUCUACUCGCGGCUCCUCCUCUUUCUCCUCACCAACGACGGCAAGGUGUCCGUCAUUACCCUUCAGCUCAUCAUCUCCCUCAACGAGCUCAUGAUGAAGCUCACGCUCAAACACAGGGACGGAUUCUUCACGCGCACCGUCAUGGGCACCAUGGCGGGUGACGCGCUUCUAUCGUCUAGUAAGAUGGACGAGUUGCACGCGGUUUCGUGCCUCGCAGACGUCUUCUGCGAACUCGGAGCCAUCGCUUUCAUCACCCCGCUGAUGGUCGUAUUUAACCUGCCGUCCACCGGCGACUUACCCGACGGCAAGACGCGGACGUCCAACUACGACGAUAUGGCAUGGAUCUGCUUCCAGCUCGCGGCGAUGGAGAUCGGCAUGAGCUUCGUGAACACCUUUGCGCAAUAUCGGUUUCACUCAAUCGACAUCGGUCGCGUGUUUAAAAAAUCGGAGGCGGCGUACCGAAGGGAGGUGAAGCUCUCGAGGCCCAACGGCAGGGGCGGGCGCACCUAUCUGUCGUACAAGUUCCUCGUUUACACCGUCAUGGCGGUGUUCUUUGCCACGUGCGCGCUGAAUACAGUGAUGGGGACCAUGUGGACGCUGCGAAUGUGUCCGAGGGUGCGAAAGGACGGCCACGUGUACUUCCGGGCGUGCCUGCCAACCGAGGAGAAGCACCUCCCAGGUGGGAGCAGCGUUAAAGGACCUGGCAUCCUCGCCUAUAACUUCGACUGGCCGCCGUGGAAGUCACCGUACGCGGUCGACACCAGCAACCAGACGUACACCUACGAGCAAUUUCGCUCAGAACUCUGA